UCUGGCAGUGCCCAAACUUUCUUCUCCUCCACAACGCAUUCUCGCAUUCACGUUGCACUUCCUCUAUAUUGAACACGCAUAUAAACAUAGUGAAGCGAAAAAUGGCGAAGAAGGCAACAACCAAGGCUGAGAAGGUAGCGAAGGAGGUUGUCGGCCGUGCGCACAGCAACAGCAAGCACUCCGAUCCAGCACAGCAGACCAUGCCCGGCGAUGCGUUCCGGGCGAUCGAGCUCAAAUCGGUGAGCGGCGGGAUCCUGACGCACGAGCCGGUGGUGUUUAGCCAGGACUCAUCCCAGUUCUACCUGUCCAAGGACAGCGCAGUGGCGGUGUACAACGUGCAGAACGGAGAGAUGGUGCAGAACUUUUCGGGCGGAGCGCAGGCAGAAAAGGUGCUGGCGAUCUUUGCCGAAGCUAACAACCACGUAUACACGUUCUCUGCUGACGAGCAUGUGCGGUUCUGGGAUGCUGAUGCGGGUGCGCUGGUGAAGGAGUGGGUGAUUCCAGGGAAGAUCCGGCACGUGGCCAAGGACCCGAAACAGGAGCAAGCGUUCCUGGCGAUUAUCGCCAGACCCAAGUAUACUGAUGCGCAGAACAACAUGGUCAAGCCGCGUGCAGUGGUUGCACGGGUGCGGCUUGAGGAGAACGGGCGUGUUGAGGUGGAGGAUCUGGCACAGGCUACUACCGGGGCCAACCGGAUCGCGGUCCACCCGUCGGGACAGUGGGUGGCUGUGUACUCGCAUUUCAAGGUGCAGCUUUUGCAGCUGUCGGCGAACCGCGUGGUGACCCACAAGUGGGCGAUGGGCGAGCGCAUCUCCGACAUUGCGUUCCACCCGUCGGAGCCCGUUCUGGCGGUCGGUGACUGGCGUGGCCGCAUCAUGUUCUGGUACUGUCUGGACGAGAACCAGCGCGAGGACACGGAGGAGCGGGAGGUCGUGCGGCGGCCAUACCACUGGCACGCGCACAAGGUCAACACGAUUGCAUUCACAGAGGCAGGCACGUCGAUGCUGUCAGGCGGCGAAGAGGGCGUGGUUGUGUUCUGGCAGCUGACGACCGACCACAAGAGCUUUUUGCCCCGGCUUGGCGCCGAGAUUAUCAGCAUUGUGGUCAGUCCCGACCAGAUGUACUACUCGGUUACGCUGAAGGACAACACAGUCCGCAUAUACUCGGCACUGGACCGUUCGCUGGUAUCAACACUGCAGGGGCUCAAGUUUGCCGAGCGCGCAGCCAUGGCCAAGGUCAAGCGCGAGCACGCAGCGAUUGUUAAGAGGCUCGAGGACGAUCCAUUCACCUCCGGCCUGGUCGUGCAUCCGUCGACACACCACCUGGUGCUCAACGGCGAGCCCGGGUUCCUGCAGGUGUUCAACCACCUGACAGACCGCCAUGUGUCCAGCAUCGAGGUCGCUUCGUUUAACCGCAUUGGCGGCGCCGGUUCGGUCAUCCGGUCGGCGCAGCCCCAUGUGGACCUGGUGCAGUUCAGCUCGGACGGUGCAUGGAUGGCUACCGUCGACUCGCGGUGCAGCAAUGCCGCAUACGGACCGCGGCAUGUGACCGAAUCGUACUUGAAGUUCUGGCGGCUCGAUCCGUCGACGCAGCAGUACAAGCUGGUGACGCGCGUGGAUAACCCGCACGCGCACGGUGUGCACGCAAUCGCCUUCCAGCCGAUGCUCCGGCGGUCCGGCCAGCAGCCUGGACUGCUGUGCGUGAGCACGGGCCGCGAUGCCAUGUUCCGGGUGUGGGAACUGCAGACAUUGGACAAUGCCGAGGAGAUGUGGACGUGCAGGGCCUACGCCAAGUAUCGCGGGCAGCAGCCACGCGGCUGCGGGUUUUCAUGCGAUGGGUCAAUCCUGGCAGUGACUUUUGGCAGCUCUGUGACCCUGUGGGAUGCGCACACUGUGACGGCGCCGGUGGGCACCCUGGUGGCCAGUGCAGCCAGCCAUGAACUCUCGGGCGUGGCGUUCAUCGGGCAGACGAAUUUCCUGGCCAGCUGGUCCGAGGACCGCGUUGACGUGUGGAAUAUGCUGACAGGCAGCCUGUGGUGGACGCAGGUGGUGCCGGUUGCCAGCGUGUUUGUGCAUGCCCGGCAUGCGUUGUUGGCAGUGGCCGUGCGCCCAAUUACCAACCGGGACGAGACUAGCAUCUUGGUCUGUGGGCCCGAAUCGCCUGUACCCCUGGUCACGGUGCGUCAGCGCGGCGUGGUCGCGGCCGUGGCUCUGGUUCCUGCUGCAUCGUCGGGCAAGUCCGGCCGCAGCCAUCCGGACACCGAGCAGGGCCAGCUGAAACCCGAUCCGCUGGCGCACAAUUCGCUUGCGGUGCUGACUGCCUCUGGCCGCCUGAACGUAUAUGCAGCCGAGAGCGACUUGCUGGCGUUCAAGAGUGCCAAGGCCCUGGGUGAAAAGACUGGCUCUUCUGCCAUGGACUCCAAGGUGUUCACCAGCAUCUUUGGCAAAUCUAAAGCACAGGCCGUGGAGCCCGGCGCAUCGCCGGCUACCAACCCACAUGUGCGCAGCGCCAUGCGGCUUGUGCGCUCGGCGGUGCAUAGCGCGUAUGUGAAUGCACCGCAUCACGUGCUGCCGCCAGUGUCGGCGCUGUUCGAUCAGUUUGUCACGCAGCAGCUGGCCAAGGUCUCUAUUCAGGCGGACGACGAGAAGCACGAGGAAUCGCUGGAUGCUGAGAUGGCUAGCGUGGAGAUCGCUGAGGAGAAUGAUGGUACUGAAGAGAGCUCGCGGGCACAGACAAAGACACCAUUCCUCAAAUCUCUGCGCCGCGGCUUCCAGGCAUCGCAAUGAGUUAACCAACUGGCUAUAAACUUUUUUUUCUUUCACCUCAAAACGAAAUAUACAAAACGACAUACAAAACUUUUUACUUCACUUCAAGCGCUCAGUAUUCAUUACAACAGUACACUGCUGACUGCUACAAGACUGGAAAUGUAAAUUAUCGGGAAUAAAUGGGAAAAGUACUCGAAGAGUAUGGAAUGCUAAGUACUGGGCGCAUAUGUCAGGUUUGACAUGCUGUCUCAGAUUAGGUAUACCACCUGACCAAUAUACCUGUACCCGCUGAAUAAC